AUGUUCGCUCUGAAUCCGUACACCCCGCAGCAUUGCACUCCAUAUUCCACCAUGAUCUUCACCAAGGCCAUUCUGGUGCUGAGCACCUUGCUCCCUGCUGUUGUCCUGUCCCUGAAUCAGGCAGAGGAUUCUCUCUUCCCUGCCAGGUGUUGGCCCAACCCUUGUGCCGGCAUCACCUUCAAGAACGAUUCGUACGUCUGUGGUGACUCACGCCUGGGUCCCGUCGUACCUCCCCAGAAAUUCCCCCUCCGCAACGAGCUGCGCACAUAUGCGCGGUUCGGCGCCCUCUGUCCGGCCGAGUUCCUGGACAAAUGGGCCACCAACGUUGCUCCAAACGGCACGUAUAUCUAUCCACCCGCCAACGGCUUCGUCGUCGACACAGAGAAGCAGCCAAUCAUCGGCAACGCCACCCUGCCUGUGGGCAUGAAGCUCGACCGCUUCGGCUCCGAGUAUGGCAGCUUCCUGGCGCCCCUGGGCGCUCCGUACAUCGAACGCGCGUUGCCUCCCAGUAACCUCAACACCUUUGAUGGGAAUUACCCGUACAAUUACCACGUCUACCAGGUGACCAAGGCGUUUGUGGUUGGGCUGGGUCCCAUUGCGCCUUGGUUUGAGCAGCCCGGUAUGGGGACCCAGUUUGUGACAUACACCAACGUGCUGGGCUUGAUCAGUGGCGGAUUCUUGAGACGAUUGAACGAGACCGAGUAUGAUGAGAAGGUGGAAUACUCGAAUCCGUACACUCCGGGGCCGAAUGAGUAG